AUGUUGUCGACGGGGCAAGGCCCUCCCUCUCGUCCACCUGCUCCUACUCAUCCGCAAUCGUCUAUAAAUGAUGCCUCGCUAGGAACCAGACAAGGAACGCUGCACAGACGAAUACCAUCAACAGACACUACGAAUAUCGUCCACAGGCAUGCCAUGUUUGACAAUCUAGCUCGCUCCGCUACUUCUAAAUCACAGACUUCCUACUUGGACUGGAAUGUCGACCAAGUUGGCAUCUGGUUGGACGACUCGGGUCUAUCGAGAUAUAGAAAGCAGUUUGCUGAUAAUCAUGUUACUGGGGAUAUUCUUCCUGAACUGACAUCGGAUACUUUGAAACAAUUGGGAAUUGCCAUCAUCGGAGACAGGCAUCGCAUCUUACAGGCUGUAAAGAAAUUGGCUAUGGGUGUAGGUAUACCCUCAUCUGCAGCCUCGAUAACAUCUUCAAUAUCGCCUGGAUCUUCCGCUGCAACUACUCCUACGUCGCCUCUACCACCACCCUUGUCACCUUCACCUUCACCAUCGACGAGUAAACCCCGUACGGUCGCACCAUCAUCUACGCAGCGAAUUCCACAACGCCUUGAUUCGGCUCAUCAAGUACAGAACUUGACCGAUUCGCCUCCUCCGUAUAAUAGUACAGCCCCUUCUAUAAGAUCACCACCGAUACUGCUCAAUCCCAGUCCAAGGAGUGACUCGAAACUUCCAUGGUGGGAUAAUCCAGCUACUGCAAAUAACAGUGCCAGUAAUUCUAGUGGAAACGUGAUGAGAUCGCCUGAACGAAUGACGGAUAGUGCCGCUGCAUUGGCUACAUUCCCACGUACUGGAUCACCAUCAUCUAUAACGUCACGCGAACAGCACGGAUCGAUGUAUUCAACAUUACCUCGUGCAUCUUCAGUUACAGAAUCACCACAAUUGGCUGGCCAAUGGGCUGCAUGGGUUGAAGGAACAGCUGCUCUUCCGAGACGGACAUCCUCAGUAGGACAACCUACAGGUCCUGAUUCAGUCAUAUCGCCUACAGGAUCGAAUAGCAGUGCGACCCAUAAUAGUAGCUUUAGAGAUUCAGCAACAGUGCGUAAAUCACAGUCUGUAGAACAGAUAUUGGCUGCUGCUUCUGGACAAAACGCAAUUCUUACGGUGCCUCCUUCACCGCCAAAGGGCCCACGAGCAUCAAAAUCUGUAGAAGCUUUGUUAGGUGGAUCCCCAUUACUGCCAGCAUCGACAAGUUUCAGCUUGGGUAGAGAUGGCAAGUUAAGCAAUGAUAAAGCAGGAUUUGAGUCGCCCAAAGAAGCAACUGGUUUGAAAAAGUUUCUGGGCUUUGGAACAGGCCGUAAAUUAUCAAAGUCGAAUGUCAUGGAAGGUGUACCUCCAUCAUCGCAACCAGGUGGUUUGGUAUCAGCCAUAUAUGAAGAUGAAGUGCCGCCAGUACCACCAGUGCCUUCCAUUUUAGCAUCAUUAUCACGAAAGACGUCGAGUCCAAUAUCACCAACGAGUCCAAGAAUCCCAACAUCAGAAUUGGACAUGAUACCCGCUAGAUCGGACUCGCUAUCUAGAGGCGAGACUCUACUAUCUCAUACCGAUUACUCGGAUGACGCUAGUAGUAGUAUCGGUAGCAUCAAUGAUUACAAUGCCUCACCAUCUUCACUGCAACGCACACUGUCACGAGACAAGUCGGGACGAAAUCUGAAUAAACUUCGUAUCGAUCCUCCUCAUCCGAUAAUAAUAAGUCAAAGAUCUGCUUCUAUACGAUCUACAAACUCGGCGCAAGUCGCCACUGCUGCAUCAGGAAAAGUAGAACAAAAGUCUCCACCUAUACGGCCACCAAAUAAUGUAGCUGCUAUAUCUUCCAUGAAUGAAUUCUUUGGAAUGGGAGGCAGUGGCGGAGGUAGCACUGGCAGUGCUGGUAAUGCUGGGCCAAUAUCACCACCUUCAACAAGACCAGACGUGUCUGUUGAUGGCAACUUUUGGGCCACUUCGUCCCCGAAAAGUAGUAAUGGUGGUGUUCAAAACGCUAUUAGUAAUAAUAAUUUGAGUAGUGCUCAUGAUCGAGUGAUUCCUCAGUCACGAGCAAACUCGGCUGUUAAAGUCACCAGUCCAUUGUCGAAUCCUUCACAAAGCUUCCUGGAGAAGAUGGUGAAUAAGAUUCAGUCUAGGAACGUGUCACUUAGUGAUGGUGGAAUCGAUGCUGAAUAUGAAACUAGAAAGUUUCUAUGCAUCAAAGUGGACUGUAAAACGAGUGCAGAACCUGCUAAAAUUGUUCAAGUGGUGGAUAUCGCUGAUAAUGCUUCUAGAAUACGAGAACGAGUAUUGGAUCAGUUUAACAUUCAUUCUGAUGAGAGGCCAUUCUAUCACUUUUAUGCUGGAAGUGUUGCACACGCUUUAACGGAUGCUGAACUUGUGAGCAUAUGCAAAUCACUCCAAUCGUCACUCAGAGGCAAUAUACAGCUACGGAGAGAACAACUGUUCCCAGACCCUGAAGUGCAUCGUGCUCAGCAGCGUGAAUUAGCUUCUCGAGAUUCUCAAAUGUCACGAGCCGAAACUCAAAGAUCAUAUAGAUAUGGACUACAAGACCCGUCGGUUAUUCCAGCAUUCCCACCCGCACCACGUCUUAGUCUACCACGCCAGGAUUUAGAAUCUUACGGACAACAACAAUACGAUGAAUCAUAUCUACCACCCCUGGCACCACCGGAAGCAGAUGUUGUGUUUGAACGUCCUCCAUCCGAGCUGAUUGUAGACAAGUUUGAAGAUUAUUUCCCUGAUCUGCCAAAAGAGUUUGCUCCCGAACCGAUGGCGCUCUCAGACGAAUACAUGUCAAAUAGCAAUAGUGAUUCGACCAAACAAAGUAUCGGCACCAGUAGUAGCGAUGAAAGGUUCCUGCCUAGGUCGUACUCUGUACAAUCGGAUAUGGCGUUUAGAGCAUCGAGUAUCGAGCCUCUUCAUCUCGAGGGUUUGGGCGUUGAUGGCCUGCCAAGAAGGAGAACUGUCAAAGAUCGCUUAGCAGAGUCUAUUUCCCAGCGUAGAUUAUCCCGUACAGCUAGUGUGGUUGCUCAAACAGCUCUGAAACGACGAAGCACGAGACGGCAAGAUAUAGUAUCUGUAGAUGAACGAGCAUUAUCUCAAAUGCCAACGUCAAGUAAUGCUGGUAAUCAUACGUCAUCAACGAGUGACGAUGUUGCCACAUGGCGAGAUCGUGUGAGAUCUAUGGGUCAAGAUACAUGGCUCUUCCAGCAAUGGGAAAAUAUGCCUAUAGCAUCAUCUAUAACAGGGGCUGCUGUCCAACUAGCUGCAGGAGACUCGGCUGAUUUCAGAAAGAGCACGCAGAGUACACGACUCAUGUCUGUACAAUCAUCACCCAAUAUUGCAGAUUUGCCUAAAAAGCAUUCAAUGCCCGCUGUUGCCCGAAGCACGAAUUCGUUUGUGGGUAGUAGUAGACCACCGACGCUAGCUUUAGCUGCAUUCCCACAACGAUUUAGCUCUAAACUGGCCGAGAUUGCUAUAUCUGGGAGUGCCCCGGUAUCGCCUGUAGAUGCCGAGCCCAUGGUUGAGAACUGGACGGACUCAUCUGCCAUAGUACCCUCCAUGGAGUAUGAUAUAAGCCCUCCCAGUGCUAUAUCUACAGAGAGCGUAUCGCCUGUAAUUCCAUCGCCGAGACGAUGGCAAUGGACGAAAGGUCGACUUAUUGGCAAGGGCUCGUUUGGAUCUGUAUAUAUGGGCCUUGUACUAGAGAACGACAAGACUGAAUUGAUUGCAGUCAAGCAGGUUGCUCUAAAUGCCCGACGAAGUACACGAGCCGCGCCGGUAACUUCUAGUGACAAUAUAAAUUCCAGCGGUGAUGGUAGCAGUAUGAAUCUUAUUGGUGGCUUGGUGGGCGAUGCCUCAAGCACGGCAACAACCAAUAACACCAAUAGCAUGCUUGCGAAUGCACCCAGUAGUCGAGAUGACGCUCUCUCUAAAUCCAAACGACGAAUGGAGGAUGCACUUAAUCGAGAAGUAGAACUACUCAAAGAUUUGGACCAUGAGAAUAUCGUCCGAUACCUUGGUUUCGAAAUGAAUGAGUCUACUCUAAACUUGUUUUUGGAGUAUGUGUCUGGUGGAUCGGUGACUUCACUAGUGUCACGGGUUGGCAAGUUUGAAGAGGACAUGUCGAGAUGGAUUGUCAAUCAAGUUUUGUGUGGUUUGGAAUACCUUCAUGAGCGGUAUAUUAUUCAUCGGGAUAUCAAAGGAGCUAAUAUCUUGGUUACAGAUGAAGGUGUAGCCAAAAUCUCAGACUUUGGAAUAUCCAAAAAGCACGAUGAUCGAAUGGUUUAUCGAGCACACUCUCGGAUGUCUCUACAAGGCUCUAUAUUUUGGAUGGCUCCGGAAGUUAUCAAGAGUCGAGGAGGAUACUCUGCCAAAGUAGACAUAUGGUCUGUAGGUUGUGUCAUGCUGGAAAUGAUGACAGGUAGUCAUCCGUGGGCUGCAUAUGAUGAGAUACAAGCCAUGUGGAAGCUUGGUGAACGGAAUGCACCACCUAUACCUGAAGAUUUGAGUACAGAUGCUGCUGAUUUCUUGGCCAAGUGUUUUAUCAUGGAUCCAGAAGACAGACCAACAGCCACAGACUUAUUAGACCAUAACUUCACUGAACAAGAUGUUCGCUUUGACUUUAAGGCUUCCGUGGAACACGCAGCCAUAGUACGUCGUUUACGUCGUCGUGCGUCAGAUGAUGAUGUAUCGACUUUGGGAGGACGAACACUAUCCUAUUCGCAACUAGCACCUAUGCAACGACUACUAGACGAUGAUCAUCGGCAUGUUACCGAGGAAGCUGCUUCGUAUAUUGAUGACACAACAUAUCGAAAUGCUUCUAGACAUCGUACUAUGAUGACGAUUGGGGAUGACGAUGAUGAUGCAGUAGUGCCAUCCACAUAUGUAGAGAAUGAGACUAUGCUUAAAUUGAAUGGAAAGCUUGCGAACGAAGUCAUAACGAUAGAACCAGUAGUAGAGGAAGCAGAAGAGCCGCCCACUUUUGUAGCACCUAAUAAACUCAAUGAUGGUGCCAGCUCAGAGGAAGAAGCGGGGCACGUCGAAGUUCCUGACACAAUGAACACGACAAAUUCUCCAGCUAAGAAACGUAAAUCAAGGAGGAAAAAGAAGAAAUAUACUACUAUAGAUGCCGAUCAACCUGGUAUAUUGACUGAUACACCAUCACAACCACCACAAUCAUCAACAUCACAAAUACCAGCAGAACCAUUCUUACCAGUAGUAAUACCAGCUUGGAUGGGGUGA